AGUGAACUGGCGUUCUUCAUUAGGCUCACGACCCGGUUGUGACCCUAUUGGACUACAUCCUAAAACAUUCAGAUGCUGAGACGGCGAUCGCUAGCGAUCGUGAUUUUAUCGAACUAUGUCGACACCACAACCCGGGGGAAUUUCCAAUGCCGCAUGACAUUCCAGCUUUCUUGGAGCGCGUGCAGCCUCCACUCGAAGUUACGGAGGAAGGCCUUGGCAUGCUAGCUCUUGAUGAUUACAUCACUGUGGAAAACCCACCAGCCCCUCAGGACGACGUGAUGUCGACCGAUCCUUCUGCAGAUCAACUUGAGAACCAGAAAAUGACAUCCGACUCAUCUAAAAGAGACCAUGAGAUCACCCAUAAUCCAUAUGCCCAAUAUGGGAAACCAUACGAUGAGAUUGCCGUGAAGAAGAUGAAGAGCGGCGACAACUUGCUCCCCAUACCAAGUGAUGCGCAACGCGGCGGCAUUUCCUCCUUGGCUUAUUCUCCCAACGGGCGCUACAUCGCCGCCGGAUUCUAUGGUGCCUCUAUCAUGAUUUGGGACGCCAACACCCUCGCCGAGAAGCACGAGCUCCUCGGGCACAGCGCUCCCGUCUCCUCUCUCGCCUUCUCGCCGAACAGCGGAGACCUUGUCUCCGGCUCCAGCGAUUCCAAUAUCAUCAUAUGGGAUGUCGAGACUGGUCAGAGGCGCAUGGUCCUCGAAGGCCACGGUGGUUUCGUCAACACUGUCGCCUACUCCCCUGAUGGCUACACGAUAGCAUCCGCGUCUGCUGAUUUCAACGUCCACUUGUGGGACGCAACUACUGGCCUCCUCCGAGCCACCACCGGCACUCAUGAUGCAAUGGUGAUGGCCAUCGCAUUCUCGCCGGAUAGCGCAUACGUUGCCUCUGCAGGUGCAGACUGCCGAGCAGUGAUAUGGAACGCCGCCAACGGUGCCCAGAGCGCAGUGCUCGAUGGCCACGACGGCAUGAUCUACUCCAUUACAUUCUCGCCAGACGGCCGUCGCAUUGUCACGAGCUCCGAUGACGGGACUGUUCGCAUCUGGAGUGCGCAAUCGGGCGCCGAGUUCGUGACACUGCGCGAGCAUACGGGGUCCGUAUGGUCGGCUGUGUUCUCCCCGGAUGGAAAGCAAGUGCUGUCGGUCGCGAAUGACAGGACAGUGAAGAUUUGUGAUUCCUUCAGUGGCGAGCUGGUGAACAGCAUUGAUGGAAACGGGCUCGUGAACGCCACAACGUUCUCUGCCGACGGACAGCUCAUUAGUGCAGGUACUGAGGAUCUCAAUGUGCGCGUGUGGAGCACGAUCACAGGGAAACCGUUUGCGAAUUUCUCGGGGCACACCGACCUCGUCACAUACCUGCGCUUCUCUCCUGACAACACUCGGCUCAUCUCUGCUUCCAACGAUUGCACGGUGCGAUUGUGGCAGUUGAGAGAUGUGAACGUGGCGGUCGAGGGGGCUUGAUAUGUUCAAUUUGUUGGUCGCAAAACGGUAUACGCCCAGCACAGUUCUGACCAUCGGUUUCGCUACAAACUCUGUGACGUUCAUUAUCAUCCCUCUCAUGUAGUGUGCAUGAGAUGCUUACCGUUAGUGAUAUUAUGUUCAGAUCAACUCUGUUACGGUACGGCUCUAUAUGAGAAGCUUACUGAACAGAAAGAGCAUGAGACACGAGUCGCAUUCUACCAAAAAGAUGAUUUCAGCCGUAUCACGCUCCCGCUAGGAGAGUGUGUUUAUCUUCUUCACUUUCGCUGUAGAGGAACCAGCAUCAUCUGGUACAAGUUUUCUGGUAGGCAGCUGCUUUU